AUGGAGAAUACUGGUGUUGGGAUGCCGUUUUCAGAUUUAGGGCAAACGAGGGUUUACCAGUCAUUUUCCGAUUUAUCGGCAGAGAGGUAUCCCGUAGGGUUCUUGGAUUUACUGGGUGUUCAUCAAAACAACUCUCGUUAUGCCCUGGUCCAGACGCCGCCGAUGCAGUUACCGGCGAUCUCAUCUGCUUCUUGCGAAGCUGUGACUGGAGAUGAAAAGAAGAGAGACUAUGAAGACAAUGAUGAUGAAGAAGAAAAAGAGAAACAUAAGAGAAAAAUGCGGUUUAAAAUAACGAAGCUUAGUGAAGAGAAGAAGGUGAGAGUGCCAAGAGUGUCAUUCAUCACGAAGAGCCAAGUUAAUAAUCUAGACGAUGAUUAUAAUUGGAGAAAAUACGGUCAAAAACCUGUCAGAAACAGCACUUUUCCAAGGAGUUACUACCGUUGCACUACAACUUGGUGUGACGUGAAGAAGAGAGUGGAGAGAUCAUUCAGUGAUCCAAGCAAUGUAAUCACUACUUACGAAGGUCGACACACGCAUCCUAGACCACUCAUCAUGUCUAAAAGAGGCAACUCUGAAUCCAAUGGCUCAGCUUCUGGAGCCCACUUUGGCCUCCCUAAACUCCCUCCUCACCUUCAUCAUCAGCUUUUCGAUUACAAUAACCAUCAGCAACAACAACAACACGAGAUGUCUUUUUUUGGAAGGCAAGAAAAGGGAUUUGAUCGUGAGCACGUGAUGAAGAAGAGUCGAACUCAGAAUCUGCUGGAUGGGGCUGGUUUAGUCAAAGACCAUGGCCUUCUUCAAGAUGUUGUUUCGUCUCGUGUCAUUAAGAAAGAGCAUUAG